AUGACAUACUGUACAAGUCCAUUUUUAUAUCGAGUCAAUGAAUAUUAUACAAUACAUGAUGCUAUAGAGUUCCUGACAGCAGAUUCACCCAUGAACAAAUGGUCUAGAGCUAUGACAAGUGCUGUUUUUGUUACUAAAGCUGAGAGUCGUGUUAGUGUGAUCAACAAGUUAGUUCCCAUACCUGACCAAUGGGUGACCAUUGCUGGUGUACAUUCAGAUGAUCUUGUUACAGAUGUACAUUCAGAUGAUCUUGUUACAGAUGUACAUUCAGAUGAUCUUGUUACAGAUGCACCUUCAGAUGAUCUUGUUACAGAUGUACAUUCAGAUGCUCUUGUUACAGACGUACAUUCAGAUGAUCUUGUUACAGAUGUACAUUCAGAUGAUCUUGUUACAGAUGCACCUUCAGAUGAUCUUGUUACAUACAGCACAGAACUUUAUAAUCCAAACUUUGAAACAAUGGAUCCAACACACUGGAGUAAUCCCAAUUGGCAAAACUAG